UCGACACAAGCUCCGAAGCCUCGGCACAGUCCGACCCAUAACUACUGCUGAACAUUAUCUGUAUUUAACAGCAGAGAGCGCUCACAUGGUGUUACUGCUGGUGCUUGGAGCCAGAGGUACUGUGAGAGUCCAAUGUCAAAGAGGCAGGUUAUCUUCAACAUGACAAGAUGACUUCAGCAGCCAUCCACCAUAAAGGAGGAAGAUACAAACUCUUCGGAGAAACCAUUCAAGCCUCCAGGUGGUAGCAAGAAGCAACCAUGGCAUCAUCCACAGAUCUUCUUGAAACAUUGGAGAAUUUGAAAGAUGAAGAGUUCAAGAAGUUCAAAUGGUUCCUGCAGCAGGCUGAUGUUUUGGAAGGCUUUCCAGCGAUCCCAAAUAGUCAGUUGGGGAAUGCAGACAGGAUGGACGCCGUGGAUGCGAUCAGAAAGGCCUAUGAACAAAAUUCAGGGGAGAUGACCAUUAAGGUUUUGAAGUUGAUCAAAAGGAAUGACUUGGUGCAGCAUUUAUUAAACAUUAACCCAACAUCCAAAGAGGCUCUCACUGAUUCCCAGCGUAAACUCAAAUCCAACCUGCAGAAAAAGUUUAAGCAUCUGUUUGAGCAAGACACAAAAUCUGAAAAGCGGAUGUUGAUGAAUGAGAUCUACACUGAGCUCCGCAUCACAGAGGAAAAGUCUGGAAAGACAUUUGGACAAAUUGCAACAUCAUCCAGCAACACAGUUAAUUCUGAACAGCUUAUCAACUUCUUUCAAACCUCAGCGGGUCAAGAUGGAUCAGUUAGAACAUUAUUGACAAAAGGAGUAGCAGGGGUAGGAAAGACUGUCUUGACGCGGAAGUUUGCCCUGGAUUGGGCUGAAGAGAAAAUCGACAUCAAUGCACAGCUCAUAUUUCCAUUCACUUUCCGAGAGAUGAAUUCGCUCAAGGAGAAAAAAUACACCUGGGUGGAACUUCUUCAUCACUUCUUUGCUGAUACCAAGGGAAUAAGCAGUUUUGAUAAACUCCAGAUUGUGUUCGUUCUUGAUGGUCUGAAUGAGUGUCAACUUCCUUUGGACUUUGACAACAACGAGGUCCUGACUGAUGAUACUGACUCUGCUUUAGUGGACGUGCUGCUGACAAACCUCAUCAUGGGGAAACUGUUCCCUUCUUCCUCCCUCUGGAUAACCACAACACCUGAGGCAGCCGGUCAAAUCCCUCCAGAGUACAUUCAUAUGGUGACAGAGGUGGAAGGAUUCACUGAUCCAAAGAAGGACGAGUACUUCAGGAAGAGAUUCAGGAAUAAGGCGCUGGCCAGCAGAAUCAUCACCCACAUCAAGGCAUCACGAAGUCUCCACGUCAUGUGCCAAAUUCCAGUCCUCUGUUGGAUCACUGCAGCAAUUCUGGAGGAUGUGUUGAAAACCAAUGAAAGAGGAGAGCCACCCAAUACCUUAACUGAGCUUUAUAUCCAUUUUCUAUCAGAUCAGUUCAAACUGAAAAAUGAAGAAACCAAUCGACUUUGGAACACAGAGACCAGCAAGAUAAUUGUUUCUCUAGGAAAACUGGCUUUUGAGCAGCUGCAUAAAGGCAACCUCAUUUUCUAUGAAGCAGAUCUAAUGGAGUGUGGCAUUGAUAUCAGAGCUGCCUCUGUGUACUCAGGCAUGUUCACGCAGAUCUUUAAGGAAGACCGUGCCCUGAACCAGGAUAAACGUUUCUGUUUUGUCCAUUCAAGCCUCCAGGAGUUUCUGGCUGCUGUUCAUGUCAUUGUGUCAUUCAUCAACUCUGAUGUCAACCUACUCUCAGAAGAAGAAUCAGCUUCCCAACAGUCAGAGCAAUCUGAAGUCAAACACCUAUUCCAGAGUGCAGUGGAUAAGGCUUUACAGAGUCGGAAUGGUCAUCUGGACUUAUUCCUCCGCUUCCUCGUUGGCCUCUCACUGCAGACCAAUCAAGCACUUCUUCAAGUCUUAUUGACGCAAACAGGAGGUAGCUUACAGAGCAGUCAAGACACAGCCCAGUACAUCAAGAAGAAGAUCAGGGAAAAUCCCAAUAUAGAGAGAAACAUCAACCUGUUUCACUGUCUGAAUGAGCUGAAUGAUCAUUCUCUAGUGGAGGAGAUCCAACAGUGCCUGAGUUCAGCAAGUCUGUCCACUAACAAUCUGUCUCAUGCUCAGUGGUCAGCUCUGGUCUUCAUCUUAUUGUCAUCACAGAGCGAGUUGGAUGUGUUUGACCUAAAGAAAUACUCUGCUUCAGAGGAAGGUCUUCUGAGGAUGAUGCCAGUGCUUCAAGCCUCCAGUCUAUGCCUGUUGAGAGGUUGUAAGCUGUCUGAGGAAGGCUGCAAAGCUUUGGCCUCAGUUCUUGGCUCCCUGACCUGUAAUGUGAGAGAACUGGACCUGAGUUACAACAAUAAGCUGAGGGGUGGACUCCAUGAGCUCACAGUUGGCUUGAAGUAUCCACAAUGUAAACUGGAGACUCUCAGGCUGUGUGGAUGUGAUCUGGCAUCCAUGUGUGGUACAGAUCUGUCUUCAGUUCUCAGCUACCCAUCGUCCAGUCUCAGAGAGCUGGACCUGACUUGCAACCACUUGGGUGAUGGAGGAGUGGAGUAUCUCUCUGUGGGAUUGCAGAGUCCACACUGUGGACUUGAAACUCUCAGGUUGGUUGACUGUAUGCUGACGUGGGAAGACUGUGAUGCUGUGGCCUUUUUCCUUAGCUCACAGUCCUCUAGUCUGAGACUUCUGGACCUGAGUAUGAACCACUUGGAGGAUUCGGGAUUGCGGGUAUUCAUUGCUGGACUGCAGAAUCCACACUGUAAACUGGAAACACUCAGGCUAAGUGCCUGUAACCUGUCAGAAAAAAGCUGUGAAACUCUGGCCUCAGUUCUCACCUCCCAGACCUCCAGCUUGAGAGUGCUGGACUUGAGUAAAAACAUCCUUCAGGAUUCUGGAGUGAACUUUCUUUUGACUGGACUGGAGAGUCCACACUGUAACCUGGAAGCUCUCAGGCUGGGAGAGUGUGGGCUGUCAGAGAGAAGCUGUGAAGCUCUGGCCCCAGCUCUCAGCUCCCAGACUACUCGUUUGAAAGAGCUGGACCUGAAUAGCAACGACCUGCUGGAUUCAGGAGUGAAGUUUGUCUCUAAUGGACUUAAGAGUACUCAAUGUAGCCUGGAAACCCUCAGGCUGUCAGGCUGUCAGGUCACAGAGGAAGGCUGUGCCUCUCUGGCCUCUGCUCUGAGCUCCAAUCCCUCCCAUCUGAAAGAGCUGGACCUGAGCUACAACCAUCCAGGAGACUCAGGAGUGGCAUUACUCUCUGCUGGACUUGAGAAUUCACAAUGGAGACUGGAAACUCUAAAAGUGGACCAUGGCGGAGUGCAGAGGUUAAAAACCGGUCUGCAGAAGUAUGCCUGUGAACUCACACUGGACCCAAACACAGCACAAAGAGAGCUCAGACUGUCUGAGAACAACACACAGGUGACAUAUGUGUGGCCGAAACAACGUUAUGGGUAUCAUCCAGACAGAUUUCAGCGCCCCAGACAGCUGCUGUGUAGAAAUGGUUUGACUGGUCGCUGUUACUGGGAGGUUGAGUGUAAGGGACACUGUUGCAUAGCAGUGGCUUACCGAGGAAUCAGCAGGAGAGGAAGUGCUGAUUACUGCCUGUUUGGAAGAAAUGACAAGUCCUGGACGCUGACCUGUGAUGGAAAUCUUGAAUUUUGGCACAAUACCACAUCAAAAUGUAUACGCUACGAUUCAAAUGAACCAACCAGACUAGCAGUGUAUCUGGACUGGGCUGCUGGCACUCUGUCCUUCUACACAGUCCGCUCUGACACACUAACACAUGUGUACACCUUCUUCCAGCGAUUUACAGAACCACUGUUCCCUGGGUUUAGCUUUGAAUUUCCCUCACUACCAGGGCAUGUCGGGUCAGAUGGUGGUACCAUCACACUGUGUUAGAAAGAUGAGGGAACAUCUUAACAACAUGACUCUUUACUGAGGUCAUCUCCUAAAAGGAGGAAAAAUAACAAGAUUUAAGAUUCCCGAUCAAAGUGACCUUUAAUGGAGGGUAGACAAUUUUGGGGGUAAAAGAAAUCCUCGGCCAUUUCAGAUAAACAGCGUUCCUCUGGUAUAAACCUUCUAAACCUAGCUGUCAGCCAUCUUUAUCUGUGCUAUAAAUUAAACAGAGGAACCAAACUGUGUAAAGGGAGUUCAUAUUAUUAUUCAGGGAGCGGAAAUUUGCUGUUGAACAGUCAGAAGAGCUGAUUAUUUCUUAGCCUUUAGCUAAUGUAUGAUGAAGGUGUGUGGCUUUUAGGGAGACUUUUUUUUAAUAACAUUUUGUUACAUAAGAAACGUAACAAUGGAACACUGCUGUAUACAGUUACAGACAUCUGACUACACUGCCUGUCCAAAAAGAAAAGUCACCGCCUAAAUUAACACCUAAACGUGUUUAUAUUUUCAUAUAAUUUGAGAAUAACAAUAAGAACAAAGACAAAAGAAAAGUAAGGUACAGUGCAGAACAGCAAGACAUCAUCUCAAUAUUUUUUUUUAAACAAGAGUAUACUUUGAGUGCUUUAACAAGGCCCAGAAUAAAUACUCAGAAAAUGCUACCCAUAUAAUCCUCGACAGUCCAAAAAAAAGAGAGUGCACAUGUUAUCAUCAGACAUCAAGACAACCUGUAACCCUCUCCCCGUCUAGAAAUGCCAUAAAACAUCACCAUAUUUUAUCAAACAUAGAAAUGUUUUUCAAGGGCACAGUCCUGCAGGCCAGGCUUGUAGACCAGUUUUUGGCUAUGGUGUGUUUUGCUUGUAGUAAACAAUAGACAUAGUCAUUUUCUUAUCAGCCUUGCUAAGAAGACAAUCCAUAGGAAAAAUUCCAAGAAUACACAGUUUGGGGCAUAUGAGUAACUUGUGACAUGGGAGAUGACCUCCAAUACCUCUAUCCAGAAGGCUUGGAUAGUUGGACUGUUCCAAACGCAAUGCAAUAGUGUGCCAUUCAUUCCACAUUUACUACAUACAUCCAAGGUAUUGGGGUUGAAUUAUUUGACAUGAUUGGGUUUAUAUAUAAUCUUAUUGUCCUUACAUUGGAGUAGUUUAAAAUGGGGAUUUUAUGGCUCGUGUUUGAGCUUCUAAGUAGGUCGCCUGCCAGUCCUCGACUGAGAUUUCGCUAUUUAAAUCCUCACACCAUGCAAGUCUUUUAAUGUCUGAAGAGAUGUGGGAGCCAUCUACGAUUGUUUCCUAAAAGUGCCAUAACAGGCCCCUCUUGGUGCAGUGUUUUACUAUUUCUUUUCUUCUACAGAGGUGAGAGUAGGUUAGGAUAAGGAUAUAUGAAGCUUUUAUCUGCAGGCUGUAUGUCAUAUUUCUGUCUCAAAUCAAAGAGUCUCAAGGAGUGAAAUAUGAGAUGUAUUACUUCUUUCAAUGCUCACCCAGAUCUUUGGUGUCUCUAGUGAGAACCAGCAGGAGGCAGUAGAGAGUUAGGCUGCCCAAUAACACCACAGGAGGUUUGGGAGUUUCAGGCCUUCUCUUUCAUUGGUGAGAUAUAAAUAAAAUUGCAAAAUAUAGUUCUCAUUCUGCAAAGAAAUUAAAAGAGGGGUGUUACGGUCCGUGGACUUAGUGCCUUGUUUGUGUUUCUCUCCUUGUCUAUGUGAAAAUAACUCAGUUUUUGAUUGAUUUUUGAUUUGAUUUAUGAUUUAAACUAGAAAUGACGCUCUAUAUUUGUGUUAUUUUGGGGAACAGGGCUAUAGUUUUAGUUUCUUUGCCACAUUCACAUCACACUUAGUUUAUUUACUUUGUUAGUUCUUACUAGUUUCUGGGUGGCUGCUUUGCUGUAUUUCUGUUUUGUUAGGCAAGUUUAGAGUAGCCAGCCACAGUAUUUUCUUUUAUUGUUGUCUUUGAUAGUUAGUGAGUGGGUAACACUUAGGUAGAAAGAGGUUUUGAUUGUUUGUUUUAUGAUUUGGCGCCACCCGCUGCCCUCUCCUAUUGUUCUCUGCCUGUCUUGUGUUUUAGUUGUUGGGCCUAAAGAAGGUUUCCUCUUUGUUUGUGAUUUGAUUUUGCUGUUAAAUAAUA